AAGCUUUUAUGGAAAGUUUGAAUUUGUGAUGUAUGAAUUACACUUUGGGUAUGCUACUAUGGAGGGUAAUCGUGGAUGCCUGAGUAUCGGCGACUAUGAUGAAAUGAUAAGCUCAGGCCGUUCUUCUCUCUCUGAAGGGUGCCAGAGGGGAGAGGGUGGGCGGGGGGAAGGAUGUGGCAGUCCCGUUCUCGGGGAAAUGUGCUUGAAGUUGAGGUUGAAUUGAAAAACUGGAAAACUGCUUUGGCAGUUAUUGGGGUAUAUUUAUUGUUUGGUAGGGUACGUGUGGUGUACAUCUCGUGUCGAGGAUGCGUGGAGUUACGUCCGCUGGUGGUGAAGGUAAAGGUGAAGGUUGCUUUUGAUCUGCUAUGCCCGAGAGGUUUUGGUUGGGUUUUUGGUGGAAUAUGGAUGGAUGAGAUUGAUUGAGGGUGCUUUGAGUCGUGGUUCGAUGUGUUGAGUGUUUAUCUCAGGUUGUACGUGCCGUAGUUGUGUGAGUUGGCAUGUAUUGUGUUGUUUGUUUGCUUUGAUCGAACGACUGUGUUGGUCGUGGGAUUGAAAGUCGUUUGGUGGUGAAACAGCCUUUACUGCUCCAGCCGUGUUGCUUCAUGAUCUCAAUUCCCUCGGUCGUGGCCUUUCAGUACGCCGUAUAUCGACGCUUCCAAACCUCACCCACUCCUCACCGUACUCGCAUCGUCCCUCCCCGCCGCACUUUCCCUCCUCUUCUUCUUUUUUUUCUUCUUCCUCUCC